CAUGGGGGAAAGGGGGCGGCCGGGCCGGGGGCGCGGUACCGCGGCGGGCUCGGCUGGGCUCGGCUCGGCUCGGCUGCGCUCCGGCGGCGGGUAGGGGAAGGGAUGUCUCCCUGGAAAACGUCCGCCCCCGGCGCGGCGCGGAGCUCCGGGCGGGAAAGCCCCGCUGCCACCCCUGCCUCGGCAGGAAAUGCCCUUUCCCGGGCCGGGCAGCCCCGGAGGAGCCGCGGGAGGGCCGAGCCCGAGCCGUCGUGAACACCCCCGGAGUACGCAGCCACACGGGAGGGGACGGGCCUUGGAGGCCGCGGUGCCUCCCCCAGAGCCCGGGGCAGCUCCCGGCCGAGCACAGCCCGGCGGUCAGUGCCCGCCCCACGGCCUGGGGAGGCUCGAGCCUUCCCCUUCACAGCACCAGCCGGGACAAGGAUUUACAGUGUUUUCACCUCUGGCUUUGGAACAGAAGUUCAGCAGAAAUGUCGAGGAUUGAAAAAAUGAGUAUCCUCGGAGUGAGGAGUUUCGGGGUAGAAGACAAAGACAAACAAAUUAUCACUUUCUUUAAUCCAUUAACUAUUUUGGUGGGACCAAAUGGUGCAGGAAAAACGACCAUCAUUGAAUGCCUUAAAUAUAUAUCCACUGGGGAUUUUCCUCCUGGCACCAAAGGAAAAACAUUUGUUCAUGAUCCCAAGGUUGCCAAUGAAACCGACGUUAGAGCUCAGAUUCGGUUGCAGUUCCGAGAUGUCAACGGGGAGGUCAUGGCUGUCCAGCGCUCCAUGGUCUGCACCAUGAAAGGCAAGACUCCAGAGUUUAAAACGCUGGAAUCUGUCAUUACUAGAACAAAGCAUGGCGAGAAGGUCAGUCUGAGUUCCAAGUGUGCUGAAAUAGACCGGGAGAUGAUCAGCGCCCUUGGUGUUUCCAAAUCUGUGCUUAACAAUGUCAUUUUCUGUCACCAAGAAGAAUCCAACUGGCCCUUAAGUGAAGGGAAGGCCCUGAAACAAAAAUUUGAUGAGAUCUUUUCAGCAACAAGGUAUAUCAAAGCACUCGAAGCUCUGCGUCAGGUACGACUGAAACAAAGCUUGAAGGUAAAAGAGUGUCAGACAGAACUGAAAUAUCUGAAACAGAAUAAAGAGAAAGCACAGGAAAUCCAGGAUCAUCUCAGCAACAGAGAAGCUCAACUGGCUGCUUCUAAGGAGAAUGUAAUAUCAAUUGAGAAUCAGCUUGAGCCUCUAAAGAGCUCUCUGGCAGAAGUUGAGCAGAAUCUCACAAAAGUAAUGAGGUUGGACAAUGAUGUGAAGGCCCUGGAGAGCAGGAAGCGGCAGAUGGAAAAAGAUAAUCAAGAUUUGCAACAGAAGAUGGAAAAGGUUUUUCAAGGAACAGAUGAACAACUAAGGGAUAGAUACCAGAACCACCAGAGAAUAGUGAAGGAGAAGGAGAAGAGAUUGUUGGACUGUAAGCGUGAUUUAGACAGAGCCACUAAAGAGUGCCAGAGAUUUAACAGUGAGAAAUCAGAGCUGCUUAUUGAACGAGGUCGUCUUCAACUGCAGGCAGAUCGUCACCAGGAGCACAUUGUGACCAGGGAUUCCUUAAUUCAGUCUCUGGCAGCCCAGCUGGAGCUGGAUGGGUUUGAGCGGGCCCCUUUCACCGAAAGGCACAUCGCCAGUUUUCGCAGGCUGGUGAAGGACAGGCAGGACAGAGAUACAGAAGAUGCAAAUCGUAUGAUGAGAGAAUUUGCACAGAAAGAAACAAUGAAACAAAAACAGAUAGAUGAAAUAAGAGACAAGAAAACUGGAUUAGAAAGAACCAUUGACCUGAAAUCAGACAUUCAGAAUAAGAAACAAGCAGAGCUGAAGAAUGUCAAAUGUGAAUUGCAGCAGUUGGAGGGAUUUUCAGACAGGAUUAGUGAGUUGGAUGAGGAGAUUGGCAAGAUGGAACAUGAGCUGGAGAAGGCUGAGAGGAACAGCGAUGUAGAAACACUGGAACAGGAGGUACAGACUCUGCAAAGUGAGAAGACAAACCUGGACAAAGCUCUUAGGAGGUUGGAUCAAGAGAUGGAGCAGUUGAAUCUACACACCACAACCAUUACCCAAAUGGAGAUGCUGAAGAAAGACAAAGCAGAGAAAGAAGAUCAGAUUAGAAAAGUAAAAUCAAGGCAUUCUGAAGAACUAACAUCACUGCUGGGAUACUUUCCCAGUAAAAAACAACUUGAAGACUGGCUUCAUGGUAAAAAUAAAAAGAUUAAUCAGACAAGGGAUACUCUUGCUAAUCUGAACAAACGGCUGGCAUCAGUAGAAUAUGAUAAAACUUAUGCCAGUAAUGAGCUAAGGAAAAAAGAAGCUCAGUUGUCCAAUCAUGAAGCAAAACUUUUUGAUGUUUGUGGAAGUCAAGAUUUUGACAGUGACCUGAACAAACUUCAAGAUGAAAUUGAAAAAAGUUCCAAACAGCGAGCUGUGCUUGCUGGAGCCACUGCAGUUUAUUCACAGUUCAUUACACAACUGACAGAGGAGAACCAGUCUUGUUGUCCAGUUUGCCAAAGAGUUUUUCAGACAGAGGCUGAACUGCAGGAUGUCAUCAGUGAUCUGCAGUCUAAACUGCGCCUUGCCCCAGACAAACUGAAGUCAACAGAGUCUGAGCUUAAAAGAAAAGAGAAAAAGCGUGAUGAAAUGAUGAGUCUUAAGCCACUGCGGCGAACUGUAGUUGAACUCCAAGAUAAGGAAAUUCCAGACCUGAGGAACAAGAUCCAGAAUGCUAACAGAGAUUUAACAGGCCUGAAGGGUGAGAUAGAAGAGCAGGAAUCACUUCUCCAGACAGCUUUGUCUGAGGAGGAAGGUGCCAAAGCACGUUUACAGGAUAUAACUCUGAUGGAAAGGUAUCAGACUGAUAUCAGGGAUGUUGAACGAAAAAUUGCUCAGCAGGAGGCUAAGCUGCUAGGUGUCAAUUUAAGUAGAACUGUGCUUCAAGUAAGCAAAGAAAAACAAGAGAAAAAACACUUGUGGGAUACAGUUACCAGUAAAAUUGAGUUAAAUCAAAAACGCAAGCAGGACCAGCAAAGCCAGAUUCAGCAGCUGAAGAGUGCAGUCAAUGAGCUCAAGGCAGAGAAGCUGCAGGUUGUCAGCAGCAUGCAGCGGCGGCGGCAGCUGGAGGAGCAGACUGUGGAGUUAAGCACUGAGGUUCAGUCCUUACGCAGAGAGAUCAGGGAAGCAGAAGAACAGGUACUUCCUUUGGAGACAAAGUUAGACAAAUUGCAGCAGGAGAAGGAGGAACUAGUGAAUAAAAGGACUGCAAGUAAUAAAGAAACACAAGAGAAGAUGAAUAGCAUAAAUGAGAAAGUUAAAGAUAUAAACAAGUACGUGAAAGAAAUUGAAAACUAUAUUCAACAAGGCAAAGAAGACUAUAAAAAGCAAAAGGAGUCUGAACUUGAUGAAGUAAAUUCUCGUUUGGCUGCCUGUGAGAAACAGAAGGAAAAGAUAAGUAAAGAGAUGGAAAUGACCCGACAAGAUAUUGACACUCAAAAGAUACAGGAAAGGUGGCUGGAGGAUAACCUCACUCUGAGGAAGCGGAAUGAAGAGCUGAAAGAAGUUGAAGACAAUAUAAAACAACUUAUGAAGGAGAUGGGAGAGAUGAAAGUCCCCCAGAUGAAAAAUGAGCAGAAACAUUUGGAGGAGAAAAUAGAAUCUCUGAAGAGGAACCAUCACGUUGCCCUUGGGCGGCAGCGUGGCUUUGAGGAGGAGAUUGUUCGCUUCAGAAAGGAGCUCCGCGAGCCACAGUUCAGAGAUGCAGAAGAAAAAUACAGGGACAUGAUGAUUGUCAUGAGAACAACAGAGCUGGUGAACAAAGAUCUGGACCUUUAUUACAAGGCUCUUGAUAAAGCAAUAAUGACAUUUCAUAGCAUGAAAAUGGAAGAAAUUAACAAAAUAAUUCGUGAUCUGUGGCGAAGCAUCUACAGAGGACAAGAUAUUGAAUAUAUAGAAAUUCGCUCUGAUGCAGAUGAGAAUGUCUCAGCCACUGACAAAAGAAGAAAUUACAAUUACAGGGUAGUAAUGGUGAAGGGAGAUACAGCACUGGACAUGCGGGGAAGGUGCAGUGCUGGGCAAAAGGUGCUUGCUUCUCUCAUCAUUCGCCUUGCUCUAGCAGAAACAUUCUGUAUCAACUGUGGCAUUCUGGCCCUGGACGAGCCUACAACCAACCUCGACCGAGAAAACAUCGAGUCCCUGGCACAUGCCCUGGUGGAGAUAAUAAAGAGCCGCUUACACCAACGCAACUUUCAGCUGCUGGUGAUUACUCAUGAUGAAGAUUUUGUUGAACUUCUGGGCCGUUCAGAGUAUGUGGAAACAUUCUACAGGAUAAAGAAGAACAUUGACCAGUGCUCUGAGAUCAUGAAGUGCAGUGUCAGCUCCCUAGGCUCCUAUGUUCAUUAGAAUGUCAAGUAAUUACAUAUUAUAGGCAGCCUAACCUGAUACAUUAUACACUGUCUGACGUGACAGAGCUCAGUGUAGGUGUCUGAAAAUGUAGUUCCUUCCUAUCAUAUUCUGCUGAAGAUUUGUAACAAUUUUAGCCAGAGUCUAAAACUGUGAGACUUUUACAUUUCUUACCUUUCUACAUAUUUCUGUGCCUGGGCUUAGGAAUCAACAUAAUUUGAAAGAAUUUAAAUUACUACCACACCGUUAAAUUUUGAUGUAUUUUAUGCUUUAAAAGUGGAAAUAAAGUUGUGAUGUUCUUUUUGCAUGUUGUGUUGGACAAGUUGCAGGUUCUCUGGAAUAGCUGCAGCUCUGCCAGGGCAAUACAGCUUGCUCUCCAUCUCUGGCAAGGUCAGCACUGAUGGGG